AGUCUAGUUAAUCACAAAGAAUGGCGAUUGUCGUUUUAUUUACGUUACGGAUUCUUUAUUUUUCAGCAUACUUAACGACUAAUUUUUAAGACGCGACAAGGACCUUAGCCUUUUCAACAAUUAAAGAAACUUUCAAUCGCAUAGUUGUGCGAUGAACUCAAGACUUAUAAUUUGCUUUAAGCAGCAAUAUUUGUAGCAAAAAUCUUUAAAAUUCGAAUUAACCAAAGAAUCCAACCUUCAAUUUUCUCAAAUAAGUAAAUCAUUUCAGUUUCACUAAAAAAUUUGAUCGUAAUAUUAAAGCACAAUUUUAUAUAAUUUAUUUUCUUUCAUGUACCUUGUUUACUUAAUUCACGAAUUAACAGUAAAAAUAAAUGUAACCAUUAAUUUAAUCUUAUUUAACUAUUAAAUAAAUUUCCAGUAUUUAUAUUACGAAUAAAGCUUGAAAUUUUCAUCCAAUAUAAAGAUUUGAUUUAGUCAUCAAAUUAAGAACGUAGGAUCGAGUUUCCAAUAUUGACAUUGUUUACUUCUUCGAACGAUUUUCAACGGACGAAAUGGUGCCGACGAUGCCGCCUGAUUCGCAUAAAAUUUCGCUGAAGAUCAUUGAAGCGAUAAAACAACAUCCAGUUUUAUAUAGUGCUGAAGUGAAAGGUUCUAUUAAACUUCAGGAAUUUCGGCAGAAGGUUUGGAAGAGGAUUUCGGAUGAACUUGGUCUUGAUCCCACUUGGGUGAGAUUAAGAUGGAAAAAUUUAAGGGAUACUUACUGCCGUAUACUUAAAUAUAAGAAUAGAACGGAAAAAGGAGUUCGUAGGAAAAAAUGGAUUUUUGAAGAUCAUCUUAGUUUCUUAAAGUUUCCGUAUGAAUCGGAUUAUCAACCUCAAAGUAUAGAAUUAACUGAAGACUAUAUUCAGGAUAUAAAUGCAGGUGGAAUUAGUUCUGAAGGUCUUUUAGAACAAUUAGAAGAUCGUAAUGAUGAAGAUUAUAGUGAAUAUUUAGAAGUUUUGGAAGAAACGACUGCAGAUCCAGUGUUGGAUCGUGAUUCUAUGGAAUUAAAUGAUAAUGGUGAUAACGUAGUAAAAAGUGUAGAAGUAGGAAAUGCAAUGCAUCAUGAUGUUGAUUCAUAUGCACAGCAAAUUCAAUCAAAAUAUAGAAAAAUAAGACCGAAAAAAGUGAAAAUUGAAUCAUUGGAAGUGCCUGCAACCUACAGUAUCUUAAAAACUUCAUCUUUUAAAAAUAAAACAAUUGAUACACCAAUAUUUGUUAGUGCACCAGCCGCAAAUAAUUCUGUAAAGAAUUCUUCUAAAAUAGAAGAUACACAAAAUAAUUAUGACCAAGUCUACCUAGCUCCUGAAGGAAAAAGUAGUAUAGAGCUCUUUUUUGACAGUAUGGCACAAACUGUCAAGCGACUCCCUCCAAAAGCUCAAGCAGAUAUUAAAAUGAAUAUUUGUAAAAUUGUAACAGAAGCAGAACUUAAGUACUCUGGACGUAACACACCCCAAAGUACUCAACAAUUUAUAGCACCACCUGGAAUGAUUCCUAAGUUGGUUCUCAUUCCAUGUAACAUGAUUGAUGGACAAAAUAAUAAAGGUUGACUAUUUCUAAGAAUAAUUAUUUGUCUUGAAAGAAUUAUGGUUAUUUAUUCUAAAUUAUAAAAUUGGUUUCUUCUAUCAUAAAAGAAUGCAACACACAACAACUGAGGAAUAUUAAACUAAGAAAGUAGUUUAAAUAAAAAUGAUUUUUGUAUUCAGGAGUGUGUUUUAUCUUUAUAUAACAUACUGAAAGAAAUACUAUAUACACAAAUGCUGUCGUUAUAUUUUAAGCUGUUGUUAUAUAUAAAUAUAGUUAUUUUAAUAGAA